AUGCUAGGCCUAUCGAAUGGCGAAAUCGGGCUGCUCGUCUUUCUGGGAAUCGUCGCCUUUGGUAACCCGUUCCGCCAUUUCUCCGUGCUCCGACCUUUCUCAAUGCUCCUUCCCUUCCUAUUCCUGCCACGUAUCUUCCUCCACUCUCCCCCGAUCCCUCGCUGCUACCGUGGUCCUGUGCUCAGAGGCUCGAUCCCUCAUUCCUCUCCUGCAGGGUGCCCCAAGGAUAUCCCUGUGAUAGCCCGGGCAGCUGGACGCCUCACGGGACGGGCCAUGGGAUUUGUUCAUGCUGCCCGAACCAAAUUCAGCUCUUUUGCCGACCAGUCACAGUUAUCCGAGUUGCAGCAGGAGGUGCAGCAGGCGAUGGCACAGCUGCAGACCAUUCGACACCAGCUGAACUCAGGAAUGCCGCCCACGCUGCACCACAUGCACCCAUAG